CUUGACAUUUGUUUGAUAUAGAGACGAGAGAGGGGAAGCCAAAUUCUAUUAAUUUUAAUUGGAAUUUUUUCUAAGAGAUUUCUAAUUUGCAUUUACUAAAGUUAUUUUCUUCACGGUUAUACAUACAUAGUAAUUCACAGAAAUGGCGGAUGGAGUACAAAUACUUAGACGCAAUCGUCCGGGAUCUAAGGCUAAGGAUUUUUGUCGAUGGCCUGAUCAACCUUUCGAAGAAAUGGACAACACUCUUGCUGUUCAACAAUUAAUUCAGCAAACAAUUCGUCGUGAUCCCUCAAAUUUAGAGGCUAUCUUAAAAAUGCCAGAAGCCCAAGAAGAAGGUGUUUGGAAAUAUGAACAUUUGAGACAGUUCUGUAUGGAGCUGAAUGGUUUGACCGUUAGACUGCAAAGUGAGUGUAAGCCAGAAACAUGCACUCAAAUGACUGCUACAGAACAGUGGAUUUUCCUUUGUGCUGCCCAUAAAACACCAAAAGAAUGUCCAGCAAUUGAUUAUACAAGGCACACACUAGAUGGUGCUGCUUGUCUCCUAAAUAGUAAUAAGUAUUUUCCAAGCAGAGUGAGUAUCAGAGAUUCAUCUGUCGGUAAAUUGGGAUCUGUAUGUAGAAGAGUAUACAGAAUAUUCUCUCACGCCUAUUUUCAUCACCGUGCAAUAUUUGAUGCUUUUGAGAAAGAAACACAUCUUUGUAAAAGAUUCACAUACUUUGUUACAAAGUACUCUAUAAUAUCAAAAGAAAUUUUAAUUCUACCAAAGCUUGAUGAUGAGACACCUAUAAAUCAGCCUGUUGGUGAAUCUGAAGCUUAAAAUCUCAUUAAUAAGUGUUUUUAGAAGUUUGAGUUUCUUAUAGAAACACUAUAAUUUACUUUUUGUAUGUAACAAAUACCAGUUCUAUAUUUAACACUUUGACAAUUCUAAAAAUAGUGACUGUUAUUUGAUUAGAAAUAAUGUAAAAUUAAAGUAUCAUGAAUUAAAUAUGCUUUCUUCAUAUGUAUGUGUGAUGACUAGUUUGUGAAGACUAUUGAUCUAUAUUGUAUUGUGUUAUACAACAAAUCAUAUUGUAAUGGUUUUGAAUAAUACAAAACCAUUUAUAGUAGAAAGCAUUAAUAUGUUAGAUUAUAAGUAGUCUUUAAAAGAUUUUCAA